UGCUCUAAAAAUAUAUAGUUUACAGAAUAAUGUCGCGACCCAGUAGGUUUAUGCGCUCCAUGACCCCGAGUGGAUCUGUCAAGAUGUCCGCCUCCAGGUUCAACUUGGUUUGCGGCAAAACCCGCGAGAUGGCGUGUUUGCCGAACAUUGAUCGGAUACCGAACCCACAACCGCCAAAAGUAAUCGAUGCAAGGGUUACUACACCUACUAUGGGUAGGAAGGAGUACGGAUACAGGAGGGAUAGGUCUGUGAGCAGGGAGGUUCGGGCACCUGCUCCUCCUGCCAGAGAAUCCUCUCUCUACCUUCCUUUUGGAUCCUACGCUGAUCUAGGAUGUCAUACUAAACCUCCAUCUAGGUAUAGCAACAGUACACAAGGUAGUUAUACUAGCAGCUACUCAGCCGGGCACACUGACCGACACAGCAGAAGAAGCAUGACACCUCUUUCCUUUCCUCCCUCUUAUCCAUCUUCUAGUAUUUCGGCUGGCUUUGGUGGGUUGAGCAGUAGAACGGAAUCCAGGACAACCCAGAGAAGAUCAUCCGCAACCUUCACCCAGCAAUCAUUCCAGAGUUCCAGACAAAGACAUACUUCAUGUAGCUACGGCAACGAAAAAAUAAACCUAAACAUUUGUAUUACGAUCAAAAAUGUUUUGUUAAUUCUCCCAUUUGAUUAA